UUUGUGCGGAUCCGAUCAAGUUCCACUAUCGCUAACAAACGAAGUUGAUCUCAGAACGUGGUCUCUUCCAGUAAUCCAAUCGCCGCGAGUGGGAUUUGAAGGACUGAGUCUGGGAUCGAGUUAACUAUGGGAAGUAACGGGGAAUUGAAGUAUGAGAUCUCACAGAAGGCUUACAUCAAACUCGUUCUCCACUCGCUGCGUCACAAGACGGCGGCGGUCAACGGAGUCCUCGUCGGUCGAAUCAGCCCUAAGGACGAAGGCCUCGUGGAGAUCUCCGAUUCAGUGCCGCUCUUUCACUCUAACCUCGCUCUCCUUCCUCCUCUCGAGAUCUCCCUCAUCAUGAUAGAGGAGCAUUACGUGGCUCAAGGUUUGAGUAUUGUUGGCUACUUUCACGCCAACGAGAGGUUCGAUGACGUGGAGCUCUGUGGUGUCGCUAAGAACAUUGGUGAUCACAUCUCUCGCUAUUUCCCUCCUGCACCUAUUCUCUUGUUGAACAACAAAAAGCUUGAAGCCUUGUCAAAGGGUAAAGAUCGAAGCCCUGUGAUGCAGCUUUGUGUGAAAGACGGAUCCAAGAACUGGAGAGUGGUUGGAACAGAUGGAGGAAGCAAGCUACUCUUGAAAGAGCCUUCGGCCAAUGUAGUUUUGUCAGAUUACAUUUCAUCUGAGAAAUGGAAGGACGUCACUGAUGUUGAUGAUCAUCUGGAUGAUAUCACCAAGGACUGGUUAAACCCUGGACUUUUCAACUGAAGACGACGGGUAUGCGAUGCGAUGUUAGUUAAUUAGAGUUUUGCUUCCAUCUUCAGUUGAGAAACAAAAACAAAAAAAAUUCUCAAGAGACCCUUGUUUACAAUUUUAUAUCUUAAACACGAGUUUAUCACUUGAAUGAUGUCUUUUGAGUCUUGUUCUCGUGAUCCAGUUUUUUUCUAUUUGGUUGUUCCACUUUUGGUUAUAUAGUUGGAAACUUGGAAUGAAAGCUCUGCUUUGUUA